AAAAAUUUAAUGUUUUAAUGGCAGUAAAUUAAAAUAAUAAUGGAUGAAGAAAAAAUAGAACAAAAAAGCAAGAAGAUGAAGUAUACAGAAGAAUUACUAAAGAGUGUAAUCAUAGAAAAAAAAGAUCCCAAGAGAAAAAGAAUGAAAGAGCGCAAGCAAACAGAAAAAAAAAGACAGAAAGAAGAGAGAGAUAAAGUGAAGAAAAAUAAAAGAAAUAAAAGUCAAUAUAUUAGUGAAUCAUUGUCUUCAUCAAUCAGCAUGAAAUCAUCUGUAGAUCCUAAAUCUGUUUCUUUUACAUUGGAUCCUCCUGUAAAACUAUCUGAACCUUUGUCAUCUGAUGUCAUAAUUGAGCAACAAAAGGCGAUGAUAUCCAUAGAAAAAGAGGUGAAAAGUAGAACAAUUUCAAAGUUGGAACGUCGUAAAGCAGCAUUUGAAAAAAUUACAAAGAAGACAGUUGACAUGUUAAUAGAUACUAAGUUAAAAACACCUAAAAAGAAAACAGUUCUGGAAAAGAUGGAAUCAAAUUCAACUAAAUCUGGUCCAAUGCGGGUUUUGUAUGACAGUGUUAAAGAAGGUCAUAAAAUUAAAGUGUGGAUAAGACGUUACAAUGGUUUACGUGGUGUUGUUUCUGGGUAUCUUAUAGCAUUUGAUUUUCAUAUGAAUUUAGCUAUGAUUGAUGUUUGCGAAACAUAUACAAUUGAAACAUGGAUGGUUGGUCAACCAGUCCGAAAUAAAAAGAAAAAAAAAGACGAAUGUAAAACUGUUACUUCUACAUGCAAUUACACAUCUGCACUUAAUUUUGAAAAGAAAUCUGCUGAAAAUGUUUCUAAUCAAAGCUUAUCAUCGACAACCAUAUUUUUCAAAGCUUUAACAGAAAAACUUAAAAGCUCUAGGAGCGACUCAGUUGUUAGUACUAAACCUAAGGACAUUUCGUAUUUAAAUGAUACUGUUAUGGAGGUUUCAAAACAAAAGUAUAGUGAAAAGGAGGAGACUAAUGUUUCAAGUAAUUUAUCUGAAAAAAAUGAAGCUGCCAAUAAUGGGACUCCAUGUUUAUCAUUAAAAGAUUUUUCCCCUACUUUAUGGUCUAUUUUACAGUCUGUCCCUAAAAAAGAAAUGGAAAAUCCUUGUCAAUCUCCUGUUAUUGAAGAGAGCGUUUCUGACUCGAGCUAUAGUUUAGUUAACUCAAUGUUAGAAUUGUUGAAAACAAGAGCUGAGCUACCUAGAAAUACAGAAAUAGCACAUUCUACUUUAAAUAACUCUGAAAGAAAGAGUUUUUAUGAUGUUUCAAAUAGUAAAUUAAAAAAUAAUUUUUCGGACGAUUCAACAAGUAAAUUAGUCAAACGUCCUAUUGAAAUAUCUUCUGAUUAUUCUGCAUCUUUCUCGUUACUUUCUGGAAAUUCAGAUAAAAUUUCAUUUUCUUCUCAUAAACAUGUUCCUGACGUCAUUUCUCCUGUUUCUCAUUAUAUUGCUGCUACAUCAUCUCAUUUUGCUGGUUUUCAUUAUGUUGCUCCUCCUGAACUAAAUGCUUUUGAAAGUUUAUCAUACCAAAGUUUUACAGAAAAUAUCAAAUCAGAAUACGACAAAGACUUAAAUUUAAACAUUAAAACUGAUGAUUGUUGUAAGACCAAUACAGUGUUUAAUGAAAAACCAAUGCAAGAAGGAAGUAACAUUGAAUUAGAUCAUGCUAAAAUAAAAACAGCAACAGAAAGCAGUUGUCUAUUCAAACCACAAAAUCUUGAAGUUGUUCAACCAAAUAAAGUUCGCCCUUUAGAUCCUAGAAUUAAAAGGGUUGAAAAUAUUGAAGUUAGUCCAACGGUAACUAAAGUCUUUGUCAGCGAUCCAAAAAUGAAUAACAUUAUUAGCAAUCCGACUCCUUUGUUAGUAAAUAAAAAUAGAAGUGAUUGCUCUUUAUCUAUUUCAAAAUCAGAUUUCCAAUUAAAGUUUAAAAAAUCGUCAGACAAAAUGUGUCUAGCUGAACGGAAGAAUAUGAAUUGUCUGAAUAUGUCUGAUGAAAAAAAAAAAUCUAGUAAAACUGCCAGUUUUGAAAUUGUUGACACUGUAAUUGAUAGUGAUGACAACCAAAAUGAGGUUACUGAGAUUUUAUGGAAAGUCAACAGCAUAACCCCAUUCAGUAGCCGAAGAUAUGUUCAUGAUCAGGAUUUGUUUGGUUCAGAAGCGUCUAAUCUGGUUGUUAAUAGUAUGCUGAUUCAAAAGGAACCCAGUAUAGUAUUAAAGAAUAAAUCAAAUGAAAGUUUGUUAUUAUCAUCUAUAAAGUCUGAUGACAAACUCCCUGUAAAAAUUGAUUUUAUUCAAAGUGGCACUCUUCAAACUGAAUCCAUUAUUGACCAAGUAAAAACAACAAAAAAAUCAAGCAAUGCAUGUGUUUUGUCUAGCUCACGUAAAAAGGACUUUGCAGCUUGCUCAAAUUCACUCACUAGGUCAUUUCAGGAUACAAAGUAUAAUAAUUGCAGGUUUAUUUUUUAUUCAAUAGGAAAACAAUUACAUAAAAAAAAAUUAAAAACUUAUGAUUUACGCAAUCAGUUCGAAAAUAAAAUAGUUUCUUCCUUUACUAAAAUUACUCCUUGGUUUGAGGUUGAUAAUCUAGAAAACCCACACUCAUUAGAUGACGAAACUGGAAAAAUAAGUUGUUUACCAGACUCUUUAGAAGAAAAAAUAAAUUUCAAAUUACCAAAUUUUUUAAAUGACGCAAUAGGUUUAAACUUGCCAGAGUCUUUGAAGAAGGAAAAAAGUUCCAAUUUAACUUUAAAUAAGGAACCCACUCAUCGCUUAACAGACUCUUUAAAUCACGAAAUAACUUUCACAUUAUCAGAUAAAGAAAAACCCCUGGAUUUUGUAACUUUGCCAGAAAUGCAUUUAAAUAACGAUAUUCAAAAUAUACCGCCGUCCACACAAACAAUUGUUUCUAGUCAUUGCUUUUUCGAUGAUAAUUUGAAAAUGGAAACGCAUCAGUCUGAUUUAACAGACUACUCACAAAAAGGUCAGGAUCAAUAUAGUUAUCCCCAUACAAACGAUGAAACAAAAGGUCAGGAUCAGUAUAAUUAUCUCCAUAAAAACGAUGAAACAAAAGUUCAGGAUCAAUAUAAUUAUCUCCAUAAAAACGAUGAACUAAAAGUUCAGGAUCAGUAUAAUUAUCUCCAUAAAAAUGAUGAAACAAAAGUUCAGGAUCAAUAUAAUUAUCUCCAUAAAAACGAUGAACUAAAAGUUCAGGUUCAGUAUAAUUAUCUCCAUACAAACGAUGAAACAAAUAUAGAUAGAACUCAUAAUAAAAACACUGAAAUUGUGAAAGAUUUGAUCGAGUUUUUACUUGAAAAAGUGUGUCAAAAUCAUUUUUACGAGAACAAUUAUAGUAUGACUUGCAAUAAAGUUUGUAAUGAUACCAGAUUAAAACAUGACUCUAAUGUGAUUUAUUCUAUUGAUGAUGAUGAGUUAAAGUUUCAGCCUGGCAGUGUAAUAGAAAAUGCAAAUUUGAAUAUUAAACAAAAUGAAUUAAUCGGUGAAUUAGAUAAACAAAAAAACAAGCUAGAAAUAAAAUCAUCAAUAAACAUAUCAUUUGACAAAAAUAAAAUCGAUGAAAUUCUAGAAUGUAAUGAAAACGAACGAAAUUCAGCUUUUUCAGCAAAUUUAACAUCAAACUGUAGCAUCAAGCCUGCAUGCAUGGAAAAAGACGAGUCAUUUAUCUUACAUAUAAAAAAGAAUGUUUUUCGGACCAAGCCUCUUAUAUCUUCUAUCGGCUCAUUGAAGUGCAAGUCACUAGUUUGUGAAUUUGAAGAAACUAAAGAGGACGGAGAGUUAACAGACAGCGAAGGCGAAGGUGUUGAUUUGAAUAAAAUUGAGUUAAAAAAAGAUAAUGAAGAAAAGGAUAAAAGUAUUGGAGAGAGUCGAAAGAAAAAGAAGAAUAUAACACAAAAUUAUCAAGAAGAUCAAACAUUAAAAGAAAGUUUAAAGAAUGUUAUAACCAGUGUAUCCGAAAUAAAAAAGUGUUCUGUCAGGUAUAGUAGAGAUCUGUCUAAUAAUAGAGAUGUGGAUUAUGGAGAAAAUUUUGAUUCUGAAUAUAGUAAUGAAAAUGUUUUUGUUAGUGACAAAAGUUCCUCUCUCAAGAAUUUAUCAAGUGCAGAAAAAUUUCCUUUUAUAAAAAAUCUGGAUGACAGUGAAAAAAUAUAUUGUAAAGUAGUGACCAAUGGGACAAAAUCAGAAAAGUCAACUUGUGAUAAAUCAUCUGAAAAAUUACUUUGUGAUAACUCUUCAGAGAUAUCAUCUUGUGACAAUUUAUUAGAAAUGUUUUCUUGUGAUAAAUCUUGCGAUUCGGAAUAUCAUAAUUGUUCUAGAGAUAAAAAUCGAAUAUUAAGCAAACAGCAGACAAAAGAAUUAAGCUCUCAUAGAGAAUGUGAUAGGAAAUCGAAAAACGAAAUGAGUAGCACCGACAGAAGAUUAAAAAGUGUAGGUACAUUUGAAAAUAAUGAUGAAAAGUUAAUUUGUAAAAGUAUAAGUUAUGAAGAAUUUAAAAGUGAUAAUGAAAAAAAGACUAAUAAAAAGUUAGAAAACGAAAGUGGUAAUGGAAAAAAAACUGAUAAAAAGUUAAAAAACGAAAGUAAUAGUUUUAAAAAAACUGAAAGAAAAUCAAGUUGUGAACGAAGUAGUUAUGAAAAAUUGGAUAGAAAAUCGAAAAGCGAACGAAGUAGUUAUGAAAAAUCUGAUAGAAAAUCAAGUUACGAACAAAGUAGUCAUAAAAAAUUGCAUAGAAAAUCAAGUUGCGAACGAAGUAGUAACGAAAUAUCUGAUAGAAAAUCAAGUUGUGAACGAAGAAAUUAUGAAAAAUUGGAUAGAAAAUCGAGAGGCGAACGAAAUAGUUAUGAAAGAUCAGAUAGAAAAUCGAGUUGUGAACGAAGUAGUUAUGAAAAAUUGGAUAGAAAAUCGAGAAGCGAACGAAGUAGUUAUGAAAAAUCUGAUAAAAAAUCGAGUUGUGAACAAAGUAGUCAUAAAAAAUUGGAUAGAAAAUUAAGUUGCGAACGAAGUAGUUAUGAAAAAUCAGAUAGAAAGUCAAGUUGCGACCAAAGUAGUCAUAAAAAAUUAGAUAGAAAAUUGAGUUGUGAACAAAGUAGUAACAAAAAAUCAGACAGAAAAUCGAGUUGCGAACGACGGGAUUAUGAAAAAUUGGAUAAAAAAUCGAGGGACGAAACUAGCAGAGAUGGAGGAUCUGAUAGAAAAUCAAGUUGCAAAGAGGGCAGUUAUGAAAAAUUAGAUAAUAAAUCAAGUCGGAAAACUGAUUGUUUAAAAAAAUCAAAAAGAUAUUCAAGUUGCGAAAGAAGCGAUUAUAAAAAUUCAGAAACAAAUUCAAAUUGUGAAAGCAGUGUUUUAAAGAAAUCUGUAAGAAAUUCAAGUUGCGAAAGCAGCAGUUAUGAAAAGUUGAAUAAAAAUCAGGAAAAAAUUUUUCAAGAAAAAUUAAGAAUAUCAAGAGGUGAACGUAGCAGCUGUGAAAAGUCGAAAAACAAAUCUAAAGAUGAAAGUAGUAGUUGUGAAAAGUUGAAAAACAAAUCAAAAGAUGAACGUGGCAGUUGUGAAAAGUUGGAAAACAAAUCUAAAGAUGAAUGUAGUAGUUGUGAAAAGUUCGAAAACAAAUCAAAAGGUGAACGUGGGAGUUGUGAAAGGUUGGAAAACAAAUCAAAAGAUGAAUAUAGUAAUUGUGAAAAGUUAGAAAACAAAUCAAAAGAUGAACGUGGCAGUUGUGAAAAGCUGGAAAACAAGUCAAAGGGUGAAGGUAGCAGUUGUGAAAAGUUGAGAAACAAAUCAAAAGGUGAACGUAGUAGUUGUGAAAAGUCGGAAAACAAAUCAAAAGAUGAAUGCAGUAGUUAUGAAAAGUUGGAAAACAAAUCAAAAGAUGAACGUAGCAGUUGUGAAAAGUUGAAAAACAAAUCAAAAGAUGAACGUAGCAGUUGUGAAAAGUUGAAAAACAAAUCAAAAGAUGAACGUAGCAGUUGUGAAAAAAUGAAAAACAAAUCGAAAGGUGAACAUAGUAGUUGUGAAAAGUCGGGGAAAAAAUCAAAAGAUAAAUGUAGUAGUUGUGAAAAGUUGGAAAACAAAUCAAAAGGUGAACGUAAUAGUUAUGAAAAGUUAAAAAACAUAUCAAAAGAUGAAUGCAGUAGUUCUAAAAAAUUUGACAAUAAAUCAAAAGGUGAAUGUAGCAGUUUUAAAUCAUCGGAAAAUAAAUCAAACGGGAAAAAAAGUAGUUCUGAAAAAUCUGACAGCAAGCUAAAAAGUUCUCAAAAGUUAGACAAAAUAUCCAGCUGUGAAAAUGUCUGUCAUCAAAGUUUGAAAGAAAAAUCAAAAAUUGAAGAUAGCAAUAAAAAGUUUUUUAAAUACAGGAAAUCAUCUUCUGAAGACACUUCUAAAUAUAAUACAGACAAUUUCAUAUUUUCUGACUCUCCUUUACCUCCAACAAAUAAAAUCGAAAUAAAAUCCGAUACAGAAAAAGAUCUUCUUAGCCCAAAAAAUUUAUCAGAUUUUUUACUCAAGGAAGAACAAACAGGUUUGAUUGGCGGCAAUAAAAUACUUCAACAAGAUAUAAGUUCUAAAAAGGAGUCCGAUUUAAACGUGUUUCAGAAACGGAAUCGAGAAAAAACUACUCAAAUAAAAAGGAAACUCGAUGAACGAGAUGAUCAGACCGUCAUUUCAAUAAAAAAUGAAAACACUGAAAAUUUUAAUACGUCUAUUCUACCUAAAAAGAAGCCAUCAUUGAUUCACACCAAGCAACUAAUGAAAGAAGGAGGAUUCCUGGAAAGACGUUCACAACACAAUCUUGAGUUAAAAGAAAAAGCAAGAACGGAAAGUUUAUUAAAGUCUGUCCAACCUAUCACGUUUAUUCCAAAUAAUCCUAAAUCUGGUCUCAUUUAUAAGAAACGCUAUGUUAAUCAACUUUUUGUUAGAGGUGACAAUAUUAUAAUGGUGGCUUACGAUAAAUCUUUAUAAGUUUAAA